UGGAGCCUCGAAACAAAAGUGCACGGUAGGGAAUAUGGCCAACUUAAAGAUGUGAGAAGGCUUUAACAUGUAACUUUGCUGAUUCCCCUUGUGUAAUGUUGGAACCUGGAAGUAACCUUCCACAGAGAUCACACCUUGCUCAUCCAGCUUUGGUACCCACAGCUCUUCCUGUUGUAGGACUAACUUGAUAGUGUCAAUAGAUGUGAACUCAGGGACCUAAACGAUCACUUUCACUCUGGGGAAAGGAAUUCAGAUUACCAGUUAGCAACCAUGAAUCCUCAGUGCAGCAUGGGCAGGACUGUGAGUGCUUCCAGAUCUAGAAGAGAGCCUAGUUCACACUAACUGAGCUCCAUGACUUCCCAAGGACAGUAGGAAAGAAGAGACUCGUCCCGAGGCUGUGCUAACACAGUAGUGUAUCAUUUCCUAUUAACCAACAAUUAGCUAUAAGGGUGCUAAUUAGAUGCAAACGGAAGUAGCCCUUGGAUGUGGAGAAUACGCUGAGAAUCAGGCUUCAUGGCUCAUCUGACCCAGCGCAAAGAUACCACAGACACCACAACUGAGGUGGAGGUGUGGGACAGCAGGACUGCGCAGGAGCUGAACAAGUCCUUAUAUCCUCCGGCAGUAGCCAACCCCUUCACUCACCCCACACACCUGAGUGCUUGGCGCUGGGCCUGCACCAUCAUCCUGGGGACUGUGCUGGUACCCGUGCGGGUGUCCUGUAUUGUCUUCCUCCUCAUCCUUCUCUGGCCAGUGGCUGUACUCUCUGCCAUUAACUUGCCUACUCACCCUACCAAUCCUAUGAGGAGUUGGAGGAAACAUCUGAUAAAGCCGGUGCUCAUAUUCUUGUUUCGUUUGGCGUUCUUUUUUGCUGGGUUCCUGGUUAAGGUCAAAGGGAAGAAAGCCACCAGAGAGGAGGCCCCCAUCUUUGUCACCGCACCACACUCCACCUUCUUUGAUGCAAUUGCUGUUGUUGUGACCGGGCUCCCUUCGGUGGUCUCUGAUAGUCAGCAUGUGAGGAUCCCAUUGGCUGGGAAAUGCAUCCUGUUAACUCAGCCUGUGCUUGUGCAACGAGAAGACCCGAAUUCUAGAAAGACUACCCGGAAUGAAAUUCUCACUCGAGUGAAAUCUAAAAUGAAGUGGCCGCAGAUUCUGAUUUUUCCAGAAGGAGUGUGCACCAACCGCUCCUGUCUUGUUACUUUUAAACUAGGAGCCUUCUCCCCAGGUGUCCCUGUGCAACCAGUGCUGCUUAGGUACCCCAACACCCUGGACACAGUGACCUGGACUUGGCACGGAUUCUCAGGCUUCCAGAUAUGUAUGCUUACUCUGAGUCAGCCCUUCACUAGAUUGGAGGUCGAGUUCAUGCCUGUUUAUACGCCAAGUGAAGAAGAAAAGAAAGACCCCAUCCUUUUCGCCAACACAGUCCGAAUUGCCAUGGCAAACGCUCUGAAGCUGCCCGUAACUGACCACAGUUUCGAAGACUGCAAACUGAUGGUUUCUGCUGGUGCACUUCAACUACCCAUGGAAGCCGGCUUGGUGGAAUUUACAAAAAUCAGUCAGAAAUUGAAAUUAGAUUGGGACAAUAUCCACAAGCACUUGGACAAAUAUGCUUCAGUUGCAGUCUCCUCAAAAGGAGGCAAGAUUGGAAUUGAAGAGUUCUCACGUUAUUUAAAACUCCCAAUUUCAGAGCCCUUGAGACAGCUUUUUUCUCUCUUUGACAGGAAUCAGGAUGGCACCAUAGACUUCAGAGAGUAUGUGAUAGGUCUAACUGUCCUGUGUAACCCAGCUAACACAGAGAAGAUUCUGCAAAUGUCAUUUAAACUUUUUGAUCUUGAUGAGGAUGGUUAUAUAACAGAACAGGAGUUGACAACUAUGCUUCGGGCAGCUUUUGGAGUGCCAGACCUAGAUGUUUCCACACUCUACCAGCAGAUGGCUGGCAAGGAUUCGGCUCAGGUUUCAUACAGGACUUUUAGGAGGUUUGCCCUGAAGCAUCCAGCAUAUGCCAAAUUAUUUCAUUCAUACAUAGAUCUCCAGACAGCCUAUAUAUAUUCAUUACCAGGAGAGGCAUAAACAUUUCCCUAAUAUUAAGAUGUUUGAGGCAUCCUUAGAAACAGGAAAAGAACUUUUAGGUGGAAACGACGAACUAAAUAAAAAUUACCCUUUGAGG